AACCGCAAGUUAUAUUCCGUUAUGAUGCCUAAGAAAAAUAUAAUGAGAAGAUGCGUUAUGGUAGAAGGUCCAAAGUACGUGGAUAAUUCUAUACUAGAAUUAUUGUGGAGAUUAGGGGUCCCUCAAGCUUUUCGCAGGGGCUUCAACAUACCCUGGGAAACUCAAAACGGUAUGGUUCUCAUUGCUCCCAAAGCAAAAUACAAGCCGGCGGGAUAUGUUUACCGUCUCUUCUCGGGAAAAGCGAAUCAGGAAUUGCAUAAGCAAAAAUCCACUACGUUACGUGCAUACAAUCGGUUGCUGGCAAUUCAAGAUUUUUUGGAUGGGAUUGAUGAGCGGAUAGCCCGAAAAUCUCAAGGAUUCGAUCCAAAUCGAUUAUUUCUGUAUGAUGAGAAGAUGUUAAGCUCGGCGAGACUGAAAUACUGGUCAGGAGAUGUAAAAGUAACAAAUAUUGUGAAUGAAAUACUCAAAUUGGCUGAUGAAAUUUCUUCAACGGUCGCAUCUUGGUAUGAAACAGCCAAAAAUUUGCGUGAUGACACCAAAACACAGGUGGAAUUCUUGGAUUUGAAAAACGGCGAUAAUUCAAAAGCAUUUUUGAAUGACAAUACUGAUAUAUUGGAAGAUAAAAAUGAUUUCGUCAUCGAGGAUGUCGAUAAAACCUCUGACUUUGAGUCAGAAAAAUUAGAAAGUGAUGCAUCCGUGAUCCUUUCCCAAGUUUCCAUUCCAUCUUUAUUUGAAAAUAUUACAAUAUUAACAUUAGCUCAUCAUUUUUCCGGUAAUGUUAAUCAUUCUCGUUGGGCGGCAAAUCUCAUACGUACAUUCCUGCUUUCAUCUUAUGGAAUUCAAGAAAAAAUCAUGGAUUCACAAGUUCCCUCAAACGAUUAUAAUCACCUUGACACAAUUAACGAAGAGGGUUACGGCUUUCCGUACCUUAACAAAAUCCCUCGUGCUAUACCAAAAUACAAAUCUGCCCUUUUUCGGCACUCGAAAGAUUUAUUCGACGUCGAUCCCAGCUCUUUCUUGGAUUCAUGUAGGCUACUAUAUCGUGCUAAGGCGAUUACACACAAAGAAUACAUUGAAAUUCGACUUCUUGCAUCAUGUUGGUUGGAAAUACUGCUCAAUUCACCUAAAGGAAUAGAAAUCUCCAUCAACCCUGAUCACCGUGGCACUUUAUAUGACCUUCAGGUGAUUUCCUUGGCAGGCUUCUUGGAUGAUGUGAGACUUUACCUGCGCGUCACCAAUCGUGUCCGCAUGCGCAUUGCCAAACACUUUUAUGUUGACAGUGACGCGCCAGUCGCGUCACCAAUGACACAAAUUAAUGAAAUAAUAUAUGUCAAUAAUGAGAUUAGGCAGGGUCGAAUACAAUCAGACGAUUUUGAGGACAGCGUAUUUAAAUAUUCUACACUUAACCUUCAAUAUUGGAUAUUAUUGACAAGGAUUAAUCAGAAUGUGGGAAUUGGACCGGAUUUGUGGCAAUAUGUUUCACAUGACGGAAAACAACUUUCCCGGGCAAUAAUUGGACAUUUGGGCAAAUAUUCGAAAAACUUUGAGAAUACCACUUCAUUAUUACCUUUAUUAUAUAUUACUCGUACAGCAUUUCUUCAUUCCGGAAAAAAACUUGGAAUAACUUAUAACUGUGAAGAGCAUAAAAAAAUGGAAUAUUCACCAGAAAAUUUUCAACAAUUUAUGAAGAACCUUGAUGGAAAAAAAGGAAACACUGAAAAGAUCAAGUUGAUGUUAUUGUGUGAAGGUGAUCUGAUUGAAAAUGAUGUGAACGUGGAUCCAAGAAAAACCGGUUUACCUCCGUUGUGGAUGCUUGGUGUUGCAUAA